UUAUGACUUGAAAAAUACGGCCGCACUGAUAUUAAUAGUUUACUUAACAAGUUAGUGGCAAGUAGUUUGUUGGGUACUGCAUUCUAAAUAAGGACUUAAUUUAUUCGAUUUUUGAUUCAAAACAAUGUUAUCCUUGGAUUAUUGCCUCCACAGCUAUGGUGAACUGCCGCUAGAGAUUGUCUUACACAUAUACAAAUACUUGGGCUAUACAGAUCUAUUGGCAGCUGGCGCUACCUGUCACCGAUGGCGGAAUGCCUUGUAUCAAACAGAGUUUAUCGCACGCACUCGAGUUCGAUUCACCAAAGUUGUGUUGUCGGAUCAGCAUAGUCCUGCCGAGGAUCUGUUGAAAUGCGAACGACAAUUUCGUCACUUUCUGUUCGAGGAUGUGACGCUGGGACAGGUGCACAAAUUGAUGACUUUUAUUGGACGGUCGGCGCAAUCACUAAACCUGGACAAUGUGGACUUGAAUGACAAGCAAUUCUAUGGGCUGCUUCGGCUGCUGCCGCAUCUGGAAUCCCUGUCGGUGAUUCGUUGUUUGCCCUUAUUCAUGUCUGCCACUUUUUUGGACUCGAACUCUUGCGAUUUGGCAGCAAUCUCCUCACAUUUGGCCAGCAUCAGGGAGCUGACCAUAUCACAAAAUCGUUAUCUCACAGAUGCGUUACUAGUGCGCCUGACAGCGAUGAUGCCCAAUCUGCAGCUUUUAAAUAUGUCCGGCUGCCAGAUCUCAUUUCACAAUGCAAUCCAUCGACGUUUCUAUCCCAACGAACCGAGUGCGCCGAGUGAAUCGGUGUUGACCUUUAAGUACAUAUUAUCUGUGCUCGUCCAGCAACGCAAGACACUGCGCACCCUGGACUUUAGUCACACAAUCAUUGGACAUUCGUUGGCAGCUUUGUGUGACCUCAGCAGACCGGAUGAAAAUGGUGAACCUGGAUUGCAAUUGCAACGUUUGUAUUUAGCAGGUUGUAGGCAGCUAAACGCUGCUACAAUGAAAGAGUUUCUCCACACGCAAUCACAAUUGAGUGUGCUGGAUCUGUCGGGAACUGUGUGCCUCAAUGACGACUGCAUGGAGGCUAUAGUCCAGGCGAAUCCUCUUCUCAAGGAUUUAAAGAUUAAUGCUUGUGGUGGCCUUACCAAUGUGGGCGCAGCGCAUUUGCGCCACUUGCAACGUUUGCAGCGCUUGGACAUUUCCAAUUGUGAUGGCAUCAAUAGUGGUGGUAUUGUGGAGGGCAUUGCAAGUGAGGAGAACAGUGUGCUCUUGGAGCUAAAUGUCUCCUAUCUUACCAUCUGUGAGGAAGCUAUCAAAGCGAUAGCUAGAAACCUACACGAGUUGCGUUGUCUGCACUUGAAUCAUUGUGUCAAUGGAGUUACUGACGAAGUGUUGCAGCUCAUCAUCAGUCAGCUACGUUGGCUACGCGAACUAUCAUUAGAAAGCUGCUGCAGAUUAACUGAUGCUGCCUUGACUGGCAUUAAUUUGUCCAAGCUGGAACUGAACAGAACGUCUUCCAAUGGCGACAUUUACCCACCGCCAGACAGCUUCUCCGGCUCAUUACAGUCGAUUAAAAUUUCGUUGCGCAGCAAGGCAGAAGAGGAAAUUGUGAGGGACGCCAAACGCAAGCAGGCUAUGAUUGCGGCAUAUGAGAUGAAUCUCAUUAAUGACGAAGACUUUGAGGGCCACAACAUUCAAGCGUUGCGCGGUCUGCGAACCCUAAACUUGCGAGGCUGUAAUAAGAUAAGUGAUGUCUCGCUAAAGUAUGGCCUCAAGCACAUUGAGUUGAAUAAGCUACUGCUCUCCAACUGCCAACAGAUAUCGCUAUUGGGCAUGGAAGCUCUGGUUAAUAAUUGUCCAUCCAUUGAGAUGCUUGACUUGUCCGAUUGCUACAACAUUAACGAUCAAGGCAUUAGGAUUAUCACAGAGAAGUUGCAACGCCUGCGUUCCUUGGACAUUAGUGGUUGCAGUCAACUCACUGAUCACAGCAUUGAUGCCAUCAUUGUGAAUUGUCAGUGUCUGCAAACGUUGUCCAUCUAUCGAUGUCGUCGCAUGUACACGGACAUUGAGGACCGCCUUUCCGGAUUGCAGACAUUGCGCAACGUUUAUAUGGACAACAUUAAUAGCAUUGAGAAUGCCGAGAUCUUUCGCUUGAAGAAACGACUCGAUUGCUGAUAUUUUGCGGCAUUUUUCAUUGUAUUUGUGCUUUAUUAUUUUCAAUUGUACAAUUUUCGCUAGUCAAAAUUUAUUCUCCGACAUACGUUGCUUUUGCCGUUGUCUGGAUCAGUAUAAUAUAUAUACUACAUAUUAUUAUAUAGCGCACACAUUUGAAUUAUAGAUGCUAUCCCAUCAAUGUCCAACAAUUGACAUAUUUUAUAAGCUAAAUGAAAUUUACUUAGUAGCUGUGAUUUUUGCAAAAACAAAAAAAGAAAAUGCAACUUAAAAAAAAAAAAUUAAAAGCUUUACUCGGCGUGUCGAAGAUAAAAAUUCCUGCAGAGGGAAAACAAUUUAAUAAUAACAAAUGUAAAUUAGGUACAAUAUCUAACAAUCUGUUUAUUAAUUGACAUUCAUUUUGUAUCUCUUCCAAGGAAUAAAAGCUCAUAUAAUGUAAGUCAAAUGUUAGCAAAUAUUACACAAAUAUGAAGUUUGUAAAGUCAAUAAGGUAUAGUCAUUUUUAUCGAAACAGAUAAAUGUGUAAUUCCCUCUGCUAGGUAUAAACUCAAUGUUGUGUGUCUUGUGUUAUAUUUUUGUAAUGUUAAUAUUUAUUUUUAUUUGUGUUAUUCAUGUGUCUUUAAUCAAAUAAAUAAAGAAGACUGUUCCGUUUGCCUUCGGU